GCGAUGUAUCUCCCGUUCGGUCGCUUUGCGCGCGGGAGAGCUCCGGUCGUCUCCAUCGCCAUUCGCUCCACGCUGCGACAGAAAGGGAACUGAAUUAUAUAUAAAUCUCGCUUAAUUAUAUAAUUAUAUAAAUUCGCUUAGAUGAAACUGAGAAUGAAAGUCUGACGCGUAAAUUAUAAGGAGAAUAACUGGAGAGACUAGUAAACGGGUAUAUACCGACCCAAAUAAAUAAAUAAAUUUUAAGCUGAUUUUAUAUUCGUUAUGAGGGAGCGGGAAAUGGAUAGAGCAGAAGGUUUAAUUUAUCAUGUAAAUUCGUCGCUGCUGACCAUCACCGAGGUGUGCGAAUUGUAAAGAACAGCGUGUAACCAGAAUGCAUCACGUAGGCUACAUUCUGAAUUAAAGAUCAUCCGUUGAAGAAGGAGGAGGAAAAAGUCGCCAAGGUGAAGAAGAAGAAGGAGGAAAGAGCAUCCGUUGAAGAAGAAGGAGGAGGAAAAAGUCGCCGUUGAAGAAGGAGGAGAAAAAAGUCGCCAGGGUGAAGAAGGAGGAGAAGAAAAAAGUCGACAAGGUGAAGGAGGAGAACGAAGAAGUCGCCGUUGAAGAAGGAGGAAAAAGUCAAGGUGAAGAAGAAGGAGGAGGAAAAAGUCGCCGUUGAAGAAGAAGGAAGAGGAGGAAAAAGUCGCUGUUGAAGAAGAAGGAGGAGGAGGAGGAAAAAGUCGCCGUUGAAAAAGGAGGAGGAGAAGGAAAAAGUCGCCAAGGUGGAAGUUCCACCUUACGUUCUGACGCCCACUCGAAGAGUUUUGUUAAAACCUCGAGCACCGUCGGAAAAUCAUCCCACUUCCCACCUGUUGAGCUUGGUGGAGAGAGAGAGGGAGGAGGGGAGGGGGAAUCAGCGCUCCCCCAACUCGCCUUCCAGCCACCUAACACUACCCCAUCCCCCGUCGUCGUCGCCUACACGCCGCCUCUUUCAUCAGAAUCUGAAUAUGCCUUUCCUUUCAUGUCCAGAUGGACUAGCCACCGAUGUUGACAAGCGCGCUGGCUAUCCAACAGUGACGUAUGCAUCCCAUACCAGAAAACAAGUAUAUCCAAAGAUAUUCUCAUAAGAUAUGUUAGCGAGGUUGGAGUCGACAGCAUCCGGGAGUAGCAGUUGUGAUCUUCCAGAGGAAUCCCUCAGUGACCAUUAUGAUAUCAUCACCAUCCUCAAUCAUGGGAGGAUGGGAAAUGUGUACUUGGCAGCCGACCGCUCCUCGGGCGAAGAGGUCGUCCUGAAGGCCAUUUGUCGCGAUAUGUGCCGUAGGAGAGAAGUGCAAAGGGAGCAUCACUAUGCGUCUCACUUUGACCACCCCAGCAUCGCGGUGGCCACUUCCAGACUUUUCCAGACUGAUCUCUACCUCGUCUACCCGAUGGAAUACGCUCCCUUCGGCGACCUCGGCAGUUUACUCCGCUCUAAGGCUAUCGAUGAGGUUCGCACCAGAUGGGUUGCAGAGCAGGUGGCCAGUGGCCUAGCUUAUAUGCACAGCUUCCAGCUUGUCCAUGGAAACCUGGUCCCGGAAAACAUCUUGAUCUUCAAAGCUAACCUAUCGCUCGUCAAAAUCACCGACUUCGGGUCCACCUGCAGAGGUGGGGCGUAUGUCAGACGUCGCACCAACAACGGGGCUUACAACCCGCCCGAACUGUGCUCUGGCGAUGGCUCCGAAGGGUAUUACUCGGGCACCUCCUUGGAUUCGUGGGCACUGGGAGUCCUCAUCAUUCACUGCCUGACCGGGAUCCAGCCAUGGGCCACCAGCAAUGUCAGCGAUCAGGAAUACGCUGCCUUCAGGAACUGGCAGAGGGUCAAGUCGACCAGAGUCCCUAGACCUUUCAAAAGGUUCACUGUCCGUCUUCUACGACUCCUGCGGCGGCUUCUGGAGCCCAGGGGGUGGUCGCGUUACGCUGCCAAGGAGGUGUUCAAGUACCUCGAGGACGACUGGUUGAUCAAAUCACGGGACAGAGCUGACAGUCAGGACUUCAGCGGCGCCGCCAGCCAGUCGCAACAGCAGUCUUGGCUACAGAGUGGUGUCACACAGCUCACUCUACGGGAUCGCCGACAGCAUUUACAGCAGCAGCAACAGCAGAGAGAAAGGCGGCAGCAGACAGGUGGAGGUGGAGAAGAAGCCCAGACUCCCCCCCAAGGGCGAGUUUCUAGUCCCAGGCGUUUUUUGGCAGAGUUGCUCCGAUUCACGUCGCCCACAUCGUCCGUCAGACAGCGCCGGAGGAACCACGCCUGGCAGCAGCACUCUUCCUCUUCCUCCUCCUCCUCCUCCUCUUUUUCAUGGCUCAAUUCCUCAUCUUCCUCAUCACCGUCGUUCAGUGCCUCUACAAGCUACUCCUCUGUUUAAGAGAUUAUCAUUAUUAAUUAAUUAUUAAUAUAUCAUGUCACUUGCCUUCUACAAUCAUGUCUACCUUUUGAUAAAGACAACGCUUUUUUCCUAAUCUUUCUUACGUUGCAAAUGAUAUUAUAAAUUGGUGAAUUGA